AUGGACGAAAAGAAACAAUUCAUUUGUGGCGAGACUGGUGAUGAGGCCCAACUGCCUCCUCGCAAGACUCCGUCUCCUGCGAAGAAAGCCGUUGUUGCUUGUUUCGCCCUGUGGCUCGUGACACUGACCUUUGGGGUCCGUCCUAUGAAGUCAUGCUAUCAUCAAAUGAGAAAGCCUUGGGGCGUACCCCUUACCGUCGAGGAGAGGGCUCACAACAUUCUAUCCCAUACCCCAUUGAUAGAUGGCCACAAUGACCUCCCUAUUCUCGUCCGAGGAUUUUUCAACAACCACAUUUACGAGAAGAACUUUACUGAGCCUUUUGAGAACGGCGGUCUUAUUGGCCAUGUUGAUCUGCCCAGACUCCGUAAGGGCCAAAACGGCGGUGCUUUCUGGAGCGUUUACACUCCUUGCCCUGCCAAUGGCAGUGACUUCUCUGACGAGAACUACGCCGAGAGCGUCCAGUGGACUCUCGACCAAAUCGAUCUCAUGACCCGCAUCAAGGACUCCUAUCCCAAGGACUUCUCCUCCAGCGCAGACAGCGGCGCCGCUUUGAAGGCAUGGGAGAAGGGCCAGCUCAUCUCCCCUCUGGGGGUCGAGGGUCUGCAUCAAAUCGGCAACUCUGUCGCCAAUCUCCGACGCUACCAUGCCUUGGGUGUCCGCUACUCGACCCUCACCCACAAUUGCCACAACAAGUUCGCCGAUGCCGCGCUGCUCGAAAGCCCUCUGCGCAAGGCCGAACCUCUGUGGCACGGCUUGAGCCCUGCCGGUCGCCGUCUCAUUCAUGAGAUGAACCGCGUCGGGUUGAUUGUCGACCUCUCCCAUACUAGCGCAGAGACACAGAUUGAUGUCCUUGGGGGCAAGGACUGGGAAGGCAGCAAGGCGCCUGUCAUCUACAGCCACAGCUCCGCGUUCAGCGUCUGCCCGCACCCUCGCAAUGUUAAGGACGACGUUCUCAAGCUCGUCAAGGAGCGUAACGCGGUCGUCAUGGUCAACUUCGCGCCUGACUUCAUCUCCUGCGUCGACUCCGGCAACGAGAACGGUCUGCCUACCUAUGUCCCCGCCAACGCCACGCUCGAUCAGGUCGUCAGGCAUGUCCUGCAUAUUGGCAACCUGAUCGGUUUCGACCACGUCGGCUUUGGCUCCGACUUUGACGGAAUUGCAUCAGUGCCCAAGGGUCUAGAGGACGUGUCCAAGUACCCGGAUCUUGUCGCCGAGCUGCUAAGGCAGGGUUUGAGUGACGAGGACGCGGCAAAGGUCGUUGGUGGCAAUGUUCUUCGCGUCUGGAAGGAGGUUGAAGCGGUUGCCGAGAAGCUGCAGAAGGAUGGCCAACCUGUUCUUGAAGAUGAUAUUGCAAGCCCGAAGUGGUAG